AUGGCUCCCCUUCGUUACGUCAGCCUCAUUUCCGAGACACGUUGUCAGAACUGCUGUUCAGAGGGGGUCUUUCAAGUAUGCUGGGUUGCGCGACUCCGCUUGUGCGAGGAAUGUUUCAAUAAAUUGUUUGUCCAGAGCCCAAUCUGUCCGAAUGGUAUCGAUGAGGCCGCCUGGAAGAAAGCACAGCGCCAUCACAGUGCUACGCUUCCGUGGUCUAGCAGAAGGUUUUCAUAUUCAAAGGCUAUGUGCGCCGUUGCCAAAGAGCUCCGAGGACUCUCACCGUCCGAUCAAAACUGUUACGUCGACAGGCUCGCAGGAAUGUACAGUGAACAAAUGGUUCGAAAGACAUUUUUAAAGAGGAGAGGAGAGCGCCUCGCUAUGUUUCUUGAACUUCAACGUCGUGAUUUUUCGAGGAUCGUAGCCUACAUGGAGACAUUGGGUUACAAGGAGCUGAUCGCUAACGACGAGAUUCGAGAUUCAUUGUCGACAUACCCUCUCGUUCUCUCGGAUCGUGUUGAAUGGUCUCACCCCAAGGCAGCUAUUAUCGAAUAUCUAGAGGACUACGCGCAAAGGACUGCUUUGUACAAGCGUUUUCGCAGCCUCGGUGGACUUUUGCUCAGUAUGGAGACAAAGUUUCCUGUGGUGCGAUGCCACGAGACCUACAUCGACAUUGCCCUCCUUCCUGAAGUCAAAAAAGUGCUGCACAUUCACUACAAACGCGAGAUAUCAAAGCCGGAAUGGAAAAAGCUCCGCAGAGUCAUCCCGGCCGCAUUCAGUCGAUGGCGCCGAACUGUCGAUUCCUAA